AUGGCCGGUCGUGAAUUCAUCCUGUCUUUCGAGACCACUCCCCCAACAGCUGUACGACCCGGACUCCCAUUUACUAUCCCGGUGGUCAUUGCAGUAAACCCCAUCGGGACCCCGGCCCAAAACGUCCAAGCCCUAGUAGUGAAUGCCUCACUGCGCGACGAAACCGGGAACGGAGCCGCAACGGGCCUGAGCGGCAAUCUUACAGCGAGCGUGCGCAGCCGAGCCGACAAUGCGAAGAGUGGAUUCGCAAAAUUCAGCCCGUUGACAAUCUCGAAACCAGGCAAAUUUCGCCUGCGCGUGAUGCUCAGCGCAGCCUCGUAUAACGGCGUGGUGACCAAGGAGUACGUCGAUUCGGCGGUAAUCCACGUGCACGCUGGUGCAGCGGCAGCGCAACAGCCAAGUGGGUCAUUCCUUUCCUCUUUUCCUGGCUUCUAUGUCUCAUUUGCCCUCAUCGUGGGACGUGGGAACUAUUUGCGUUCUUUUUCGCUCCCGCUGGUUCUAUGCCCCUCCCCCACCACAACGGUUCUCACCUUAGGGCCUCAGUUUAGCCCCUCUGCUGCCAUUUUCGGAUUCAUGCUGAUUGUGGAACUUUAG